GUGUAUUUGUUGUUUAAUGGACCAUUCCAACAAGUAAUCCGUGGGUUGUUGAACGGUUGAUCGUCUCUAUUUACUGCAAUGGAUCCACUAAGCCCGCUGCCCGGGUCGUUUCCGCAAGCUUCCACGUCACAUACCGCAUUUCCCAUGGAGAUAUCACCAGAAUCAGUAGCACACUUGACAACGCCGUAUAACAUGGACGAGUUGCCGGUUUCCAAGGAGGUGCUGAAGGUGAGCACGCUCCACGGGAUCAUAAUAACUAACGUGUGCUGUGCGCUGCUGCACUUCCUGAGAGACAUUCCAGUGCCAGAUAGUAGUGGCUACAUCUAUGGACACCACACGGUUGAAGUCAUUGGCGAGCAGCAGAUCGAGUCCAAAUCUCUGCUAUAUGUCCUGGACCUUGUCAUCUUUGGGAUACAGUCGUUUAUCUACUCAGCAAGGUUCUACUCGAGGACAUUGCACAUAGAUGCUGAAACUGUCGUGGAACAGUACGAUGGCUCACAGGGGAACUGCACAGCAGCAAGAAUCGACUACACAAGUGCACUGCUACCGCAGUGGAUCACUCUGGCCGAGUUGCUACGGAAUGACUCCAACGAUGCCCAGAGGUUGCAACGGUUCAGAAGCUCAAUAUUGGACCAGCCUUCCUUACUUGAUGACAGCGAUGAGGCCUCGAGAAGACAGUACGGCUCCAUGGAUCACACCGAGUGACCACAACACCCUUCUAAUGUUAAUAGACAACUACGACUUAAUGAUAUAUCAAAACUUCCGCAACUGCCCGUAUAAUACCGGUGGUGUUUGCGCUCCGUGUAUAAGGCAAGACGCGUAAACAGGAACGCGAAAACUGACGCGUACGCUCAGGCAAGAACGCCGUAGCCA